AGAAAGCAGAGAUGGACUAUUCGUCUCUUUCGAACGAUCCCGAUCAUCCGACGGGGUCGUCGCCAUGGGCGUCGCCGCGGGCGGAUCGCACCACGUUCGCAGCGGCGGGUAACAACGACUUCCCCUCAUCGCCUCUGCCGGGGCAGUACGGGGCGGAGAGCCAUGCCGAGAGCCCUCAAGUAAGCCAUGCGAGGGAAGAGGAGGAGGAGGAGGAGGAGGAUGAAGACGAGGAGGAACCGGGAUCGCCGGAUCUGUCGGCACGCCUGCAGAGCGCACAGUUGGGGGACCCGGACUACGCGGUAGAACAGCCCCCGUAUGCGACCUCGCAUCUCCACCAGCAACAGCAGCAGCAGUCGCAGGGGCGGUCCCAACUGCCGGCACGAUACCAGCCUGGAUCGAGGCAACAGGUCGGGCAAGCGGGCCCGGUCUACAGGCUCCAGGCGAAGAUUACGGGGCUGGAAAGGACGGGGAAGAAGGACCCGAUUCUUCGCUUUGAUGUGCAUACGAAUAUCCCCAAGUUCCGUACGACUCAGUAUCGUGAUGUUCGCCGCACGCAUUCGGAGUUUGUUAAGCUGGCAGACCAUCUCAUCUCAGCGAACCCCGAGGCUCUGGUGCCUGCCGUGCCUCCACCGUUGACGCCGGCUGGUGCAGGGACGGAGGAGGAUGAGUACCGGAUUAAAUCCUCGAUGCAGCGCUGGUUGAACACGGUUCUCAGCAAUGACGUCCUCAUGCUCGACGACGAGGUCAUUCUCUUCGUCGAAAGCGAUUUCGGAUACAGUCCCGUGGUGCGCAUGAAGCAGCCUGCCACCGGCGUCAGACGGAAGGUUCUGAAGCAAUUUGCUCCCCCCCCGGAUGAUACCCCUGAAUUGCAGAAUGCGCGGCCAGCUGUCAAGAUGUUCUAUCUGGGCGCCAUGGAUGCCAGCCAAAAGGUCGAUCGAGUUGUCAAGGCUCGUAGAGGCCUUGGUCUUGCCGAGUCGGAUUUUGGUGUCAAGCUCGGCCAGAUGCAUGUUCAAGAAGCCCAUCCGGGUUUGUCAAAUGCGUACAAGAAGCUGGGAAAGAUCAUCCAAUCGGUAGGAGACUUCCACGCUGUCCAAGCGACCGCGGAAGCCACAACACUCGGCGAUCCUCUGAAUUACCACUCUUCAGAUGCCUUUAUCGUCAAGGAGACUCUGACCAACCGUCAUAUCCUCCUACGCGAUCUUCUCCAGGCCCAGCAGGUCUCACGAAGUAAGCGGGCAGCGGCGGACCGGCUGAAGGUCAGCUCGUCCGUGCGACGGGACAAGGUGGACGAGGCGAUCAACGCACUCGACGAAGCGCAGAGCCACGAGGACUACCUGACCAAGAAGACCCACCGGGUGACCUCCAACCUGUUGCUGGAGAAGCGCCGCUGGUUCGAUCGCACCGCCGCCGACCUCGUCGCCGCCCUCCGCGAAUACACCCUCCGCCAGAUCGAAGCCGAGCGGCGGACCCUGGCCACCCUGGAGAGCGUGCGGCCGGACAUCCGCUCCAUCGACGCCUCGGGCGGGCUGAGCCGCCUAGGCCGCGAGGCUCACCCGGCCGUGCGACGACCGAACCUGGCGUCGAGCCAGGGCCCCAAGGGCGACUCAUGGAGCGGGGUGCCUCGCCGCAGCGACAACCUCGGCCGCAGCCUGAGCGGCUCCUUUGCGGCUCCCUCUACGGACGACGAGGACGAGGCCAACGGCGCGGGCGUGGCCAAGGGACGUCUGCGCGCGGCCAGCGGCGUGGGUUCGAUCCCCGAGGAAGAGGACGAGGAUCGCCUGGACGCUCGCAACGCCGCCAGUCGUCUAGCAACAAGUACUUUCUAGUUCAGUCUUUUUCCCUCCCUGAAAGUAUUCUUUUCCAUUCUAUCCUAUUCUAUUUUUUUUUU